GGGAAGCGGUAGCAGGUCGACAUCGAGUGCCAGAUUUUCAUCAUUUCCAAUGAAUUAUCAUUACAUUCCUUCGUCUGCCAGCUGACAAACUGCACAGCGUAUUUUUCGAAAGCAAACAGGAUUUUAUUCGCAAGCAGCGCUUGUCGAAGUCGCACUUAACACACUGGCUGUAUAUCACACUGGGUCAUGGCGCAGACAAACAAUUAUGGGCAAAGCAGCAAUGGGGUGGCGGAUGAAUCCCCCAACAUGCUGGUGUACAGAAAGAUGGAAGAUAUCAUAGCCCGUAUGCAAGAUGAAAAGAAUGGAAUCCCUAUUCGCACAGUGAAAAGUUUUUUAUCCAAGAUUCCAAGUGUUUUUUCAGGUUCUGAUAUCGUGCAGUGGAUGAUCAAAAACCUAGACAUUGAAGAUCAAGUGGAGGCCCUUCAUCUCGGCACCCUGAUGGCCGCUCAUGGCUACUUCUUUCCCAUCUCCGACCACGUGUUGACGCUGAAGGACGACGGCACAUUCUACAGGUUUCAGACUCCUUAUUUCUGGCCUUCAAACUGCUGGGAACCUGAAAAUACGGACUAUGCGGUUUACCUCUGCAAAAGAACAAUGCAAAACAAAGCCCGGCUGGAGCUCGCUGACUACGAGGCUGAGAGCCUAGCGAGGCUACAGCGAGCGUUCGCUCGGAAAUGGGAGUUUAUAUUUAUGCAAGCGGAAGCACAGGCAAAAGUUGAUAAGAAAAGAGACAAAAUCGAAAGAAAAAUACUUGACAGCCAAGAAAGAGCAUUUUGGGACGUACACAGACCGGUGCCCGGCUGUGUGAACACAACGGAAGCCGAUAUCAAAAAAUCCUCCAGAAUGAAGCAGCCUCACAAAACAAGAAAGUCUGUCUAUGGCCUUCAGAACGACAUCCGGAGCCACAGCCCCACUCACACCCCCGCCCCAGAGGCCCGGCAGCCCACAGAGGAGGAGCUACACGACAAGAUACAGUUUUGGCAGGUCCAGUUGGAUAGGCAUCGGUUGAAAAUGUCAAAGGUCGCGGAGAGUUUGUUGAGCUACACCGAGCAGUACGUCGAUUUCGACCCCUUUCUCACGUCACCCGAUCCCUCGAACCCCUGGAUCUCAGAUGACACGACGGUGUGGGAGUUGGAGGCCAGCAAGGAGCCGGGGCAGCAGAGAGUGAAGAGGUGGGGUUUCGGGAUCAACGAGGUUUUGAAAGACCAGGUGGGACGAGAGCAGUUCCUCAAGUUCCUGGAGUCGGAGUUCAGCUCGGAAAACCUGAGGUUCUGGCUGGCCGUUCAGGAGCUGAAGAAGAGGCCCAUUCGGGAGGUCCCCACCCGGGUGCAGGAGAUCUGGCAAGAGUUCCUGGCCCCCGGGGCCCCCAGCGCCAUCAACGUCGACUCCAAAAGCUACGACAAAACCACACAAAAUGUGAAGGACCCUGGACGCUACGCCUUCGAGGACGCACAGGAGCACAUUUACAAGCUGAUGAAAAGCGAUUCCUACAGUCGUUUCAUCCGUUCCAGUGCCUACCAGGAGCUGCUACAGGCCAAGAAAAAGAAAAGUAAGAACUUAUUUUGAAGAAUAUUGCUUCCAGGGGAAAUCACAAACUUUGAAGAGGCUAGCAAGUCUUGUGCAAUCAUGCUAAAAUGCAGUCACUUUUUAGCUUGGAAGAGGACCAUGUCAUUUCUACAAUAUUGUAGUCUACUGUUUGCCCAGAGGAACCACUUGACAGUAGACCAGAUGUUGCAUGUACAAGAAACUGAGGUUUUUAUGAUUUUUUUUACUAUGCUUUAAAUCCCCCCCCCCAAGGCAUUUUGGACUUUUAAGAGACAUUGAACCCACAAAUAAUGCCUUCAAAAAAGUCAGGUGUCCAGUCACUUCCUUAGUUACUUAUCAUCUGGAUCUAUAUUGUACGUGUCCAUCAUCGCAAGCUGAACGAUAAAAAAAAAUAAAAACAAAAAAACAAACAGAACUGCUUCUGCAUAGGGAUGUUAAAUCACAGAUCUGCCACAAUAACAGAAUACAGAGUAUGCAUUUGUUAUAAAGUUUAAUUUGCAUUUUAUUGCACUAUGAAGUUUAGCACAGUUUUCAUUGCAGUUGUAAAGCCACAUUCUAAAACUGAAAAGCUGUGUCUUUGUCUGAUGUAGUCUGUAAUUCUUUGUUACUGUUACGCAUUUAUUUUUAUACCAUAUUUAAAGACACAUUUUACUUAAAAUGUAUUAAAGUUGGCCCUUUAUCUGUUUAUAUGUGUUUUUAUAUCCUUUUGUUCCGGACGGUUCUCUCAAGCUCCAUAAUGUACAGUAUAUUGUGAUUUUACGCUCCUUGUAUUCUCUUUCAAAGGGGAGAGAAACCACUAAAGGGGCUUAGCUACCAAAUUCACUGGUGGAGUAUACAUUAAGCUGAAAGCAUAGACAGAUUUAUUAUUACUAUUAUUAUGAUUAUGAUUAUUAUUAUUAUUAUUAUUAUUAAUUUGGGCGAUUCCGUUUGACUGGUUAGGGCAGGGUCUGAUAUGCAAAUUUGCCAUGCAGAUUUGGUUCAUGUUGAUCUCCCUUUGCAAACUGAUGUGAAUCACAAAUCAAAUCAAACAAAUGAUUCAGCGAAAUGGAAAGUGAAGAGUUUGACUAAUUCCGAAAUACGCGUGUGCCAUUUUGUCAUGCCAUUAGGUGAAAGUUCACCCUUUCCUUUUUUUUACCGAGAAGGAAAGUUCAUAUUCACUCAGUGUUCCCAUGAUUGAUGGAAAGAGUUUGAUUUUGGGUUUGAAAUUAUUUUGUCUUUUUGAAACAUAGCAAAGGCCCAAAGAAAGCUAUCGUCAAUUGUAUCGCCAUUACAUUGUUAUACACCACUUGUUCAUCCGUUACGGUUGUUAUGGUUACCACAAUUAUGUGAUUCUGUAAAUAUGUAUUCCAAAUAAAAAAAAACAUGCAGA